AUGAUCUUGAAGAAACAUCUGGCGCAGAUAAAAGACUAUGUUCGAACCAUACGCAAACCACUACUCAUUUUUACGGACAACGCACUACUCAAUACCGCUCUUAACCAACCACAGACCGACGAUAAAGGAGACACAUACUACUUUGCAAACAAAAUACUAAGACUACUUAAAACUACCGACGCCGUUAUUACAUACCACCAUAUUCAUG